CGCGUAUUCCGUGCUGCCAGCAGAGUUUAUUCCUUUUUUAUUGCAUAUGUAAUACACUUUAAAAGGCAGCAUUGUUCGCGGAGCAUAUGUGUCAAAGACAAAUAUGAUUGUAUUUUCUAAUAUGCGAGGCGUCAUCGAUACUAUCAACAGUCCGAUAGUCGAAUGGUCACACUGAAAAAAGAAGAAGAAUGGGGGAUGGGGACGAUUUAACUAGUCAGGCUAUUGCCGAGCUCAUUCGAGAAAUCGAGAGCGGAGAGCCCAGGUCGUCCACACGAGUGCAAGAGCGCAAGGUAAAUCCUCUGGUAAACAAGCCGAACAAACGAUUUCUAGGAAGGACCAUAACAACUGCGCUGCGCCAUAACCAACGGGAAAGUGAGCGGACGCAGGCUGAAUGCCAGCGAAAGUUGAAGGAUUUGGAUGAAAGAUACGAGAAGAGGAAAUCCAAUUACUAUUACAACAGAGAUGCGGGCAGAUAUCGGAGCAGGAGCCCAAGUCGGAGCCGAAGGAAGCAGGCCAGGAAGGUGAAAAAGCGACGCAGCAGGAGCAGCAGCAGCAGAAGUCGCAGUCGUCACCGCUCGCACAAGAAGAGGAAACAUCAAAGUAAACAUAAACGCCGCAAGAAAACCAAACACAGGCGAAGGAGCCCCAGCAGCAGCAGCAGCAGUAGUAGCGAGGAGAAACCAGUACCCACCGUGACAGGAAUGUCAUCAUCAGAAUUAUUUUUCCACCAUUCCAGGCAAAUGGCCUUAGCCGUGGCCAUGGCAUACAGCAGCCAAGGAGCCAACGGAGCACCAGAGAAUGGACGAAAAACCAAAGAACGAGCGUCUUCCUCAAGUGAUAUAGCCAGGGAGCUGAUGUCUGAUGAUGAGCAUGGCAACGGUAAUGCAGACUCCACACUGAUUGACUUUCUGUCAUCUAGCGACAAAGGGCAAGAGCUGCUAACCAUCGAUGUGAGCUCGAGUUCCUCGGAGAGUAGGGGUGCAGAAUCGGAUCCAGAAAAUGGCGCUGGCUGCUUCAUAGCUCUGGAUGAUAGUACAACCGAAUUGGAGUCCGGCCACAACAGUGAUAUAGAAAUAAUCGAAGAAUGCCAAGCAGAGCAAGACGAGGAACCUGAACCUGAACGAGGAACCAUCGACUCCGUGGACCUGACUGAAGAUUAGUUUGUUAAUGCAUAAUUUUAAUGUUUAACUGAAAGAAAGGUUACUUAUUAUCUAUGAGAGAAAAAGACGACCUCCACACAAAUGCUUUUCGUUCACACUCAAGACUAUUUACUCAUAAGAUUCUACGCAGAACAUUUAUUUAGAUCUGAUACAAAGAUGGUUGAUUUUAGGACAAAAAUUUAUUUUCAAAUUUAAGGAAAAUAAUAUUAAUGUGAAUGUGUUUCUAUUGAAAUAAAAUCAAAUUUU